ACACAGUACUUCAAACUCAAUAAAGGAGUAGGGCUUGUGAUAUUCUUCGCUCCCUUUCCUCUCUCUCUCUCUCUCUCUCUCUCUCUCUGCUAUGGCAGCAUCAGCAGCGGCAGAAGCUCCCAGAUCUUCAACUGGGUCGGCUGAUUCCUAUAUCGGCAGCUUGAUCAGCUUGACUUCCAAGUCCGAAAUUCGCUAUGAAGGUGUUCUCUUUGACAUCAAUACCGAGGAAUCCAGCAUCGGCUUGAGAAACGUGAGAUCAUUUGGAACUGAAGGAAGAAAAAAGGAUGGCCCACAAGUUCCUCCAAGUGAUAAAAUUUAUGAGUACAUCCUCUUUAGAGGAAGUGACAUCAAGGAUUUGCAGGUCAAAUCUUCCCCACCCGUUCAGACAACACCUAUACACCAUGAUCCUGCAAUUAUACAGUCUCAUUAUCCUCAUGCAGCAACUGCAUCCACUACAAGUGUACCUCCUUCUGGUACUGGUACUAUUCCAAAUCUUAGUGCCAAUACUUCACAAAUGGGUCUCCCUAGGCCGGUGUUUCAAGGAAGUCUUCCCUUAUAUCAACCCAAUCUAAGUUUAGGGUCAUGGGGUUCGUCACCUCCUCCUCCAACCACAAAUGUUAGUGGAAUUGCUAUGCCAAUGUAUUGGCAAGGAUACUAUGGGUCCCCAGGGUUUCAAGCCCAACCGCAAUCUUUGGUUCGACCCCCACCUGGGUUGUCAGUGCCACCUUCCAUGCAGCAGACUAUGCAAUAUCCUGCUGUGAGUGCACCUUUACCUUCUGUAUCUUCUAAUUUGCCACCUUCAUCUUUGUUAGAGUCACCCUCUCCCUUGUUGCCACCCUUUAGCCUUGGCAACCUAAAUAUGCAAUCUUCCACACUUCCUACCCACCCUUCUGCAGUAGGUUCAGACUCAUCUACAACUUUGAUCACAAAUAAAGCUUCUGCACAAUCUCUUUCUACUGCUACUUUGAGCACUAGCUUGCCGUUGGUAUCUCCAUUGACAACUGGUUUGGAUAAAACUGCCAUUUCAUCAUCAGUCACUGACAAGCCUAAAGUCCCAAGUCCUGUGAUGCCAUUUACAAGUACGUCUGAAUCUGCAACCACCAUUACUGGAACAUCAAGUUCAAUUCUGAAUGAGGGAGCAACACCAUCUUUGGUAACCCCUGGCCAGCUCUUGCAGCCAGUACCCACCACUGUAUCUUCAUCCCGGCCUUCACAAACAGCUCAGAGGGACGUUCAGGUGGUGCAAGUAUCCUCAUCAGAAGUAUCAUUAUCAACAGCCGCGACAGAAGCUCAAGAACCUAUAUUGCCUCUACCCUUGCCAUCUGAAAAUAAGCUACAUGGAGCUCCUGCACAUCAUCAUACUAAUGGAGGAGGACGUGAAAGAGGAAGAGGAAAUGGGGUUUCACGUCCUGCAACCAGAUUUACGGAGGAGUUUGAUUUUAUAGCAAUGAACGAGAAGUUCAACAAGGAUGAAGUUUGGGGUGAUCUUGGUAAAAGUAAUAGAGCUCAAGAAGUUGCAGAUUAUUCACAAGAUGAGGAUGAUGGUGGAGUAUCAAAACAUGAUACCAAGCCUGUUUAUGUGAAGGAUGACUUUUUCGAUUCACUGUCUUGUGAUGCUCUUGAUCGUGAUUCACGUAAUGGGAGGACCAGAUUUUCUGAACAACUGAGAAAAGAUUCCGAGACAUUUGGCUAUGUGCCAAGGCAUUGGGGUGGUCGAGGAGGCCGUGGACCUGGCCGAGGUGGCCGAUCCCGCGGUGGUUAUUAUGGAAGGGGCCGUGGCUAUCUUGGGAGGGGUCGGGGACAUAGCUAUUGAACCGUCCCACCUAGUAAGCAGUGACUUUUCAGUGUAUGUUUUAGGCUGACAUAAAUUCCAUUUAGAGUGCAUAUCAAACUGGGGAAACCCAAGAAUGGACUAUGUUUGUACUAUCUGUGCUGAUUACAUCCCUUGGGAUUCAGAUGUAAGCUAAGCAAGCAUGGUAUAUGGAUGACUUGUGCUGCAAAAUAAACCAGAGUCGUUAUGGCAUAUUUUCACUUUUCAUGUGUUGUAAUUGACCCUUUUCUAGCCCUUGUUGCUUGGGAAAGAAUAUUGCCUGUCCCAAAAAACUAAUAUUACUUAUGUAAUGAAUGCCCGUUGUCUAGUCUC